UCGGCGCAAUCUGCCCCUUCGUCCGCAGUUGGAUCUCCGCUGUCAAACCACGGCCAGAUUGGCAUGGCGACAGACUGCUUCGUGCCGGGCCUCGGUAUCCAGCCGGGCAUUGCCAACGCAGACUUUGUCGACUUUCCCUUUGGCGCUCAAGGAUUGGACGACAUGGCCUUUGAGUUUGCCAAUAUGGUGCACCCCAAGUCCUUUGUCGAUCCUUCUCUUAUCCAUCCGGAAAUCUCCAGGCCGCCAAUGGCGAUCUCGUCGUAUGAGACGCACCACUACCAGCCCGCCGCUCCUCAUUAUCCCGCCUCUCCCUCCGCCAUCUCUUCCUCCUCUCCCCAGCCGCAUAUGAUUCGCACGAGCAGCUCCUCCCCGUACCUGCAGAACGGCCCCUUCCAGCCAGCCACAACCGCCUACUCCAACAGCCCGUAUGCAACCUCGACCGCCAUGGCCCCCGGCGCUGGCAUUGGAGCUCGCCGCAUGAGCAUGGGCAAGACGGGCGGGAGCAGCUUCAUCUCGCCCGUGUCCGCCGACUACCCCAGCGGCGACGAGAUCAAGGAGAAGCACAUGUGCACGUACCCCGAGUGUGGCAAGACCUUCAAGGACCUCAAGGCGCACAUGCUCACCCACCAGACUGAGCGACCCGAGAAGUGCCCCAUCAUGACGUGCGAAUACCACGUCAAAGGGUUUGCCCGCAAGUAUGACAAGAACCGCCACACCCUGACACACUACAAGGGCACCAUGGUCUGCGGCUUCUGUCCUGGCUCUGGCUCCGCGGCCGAGAAGUCGUUCAACCGCGCGGACGUCUUCAAGAGGCACUUGACCGCCGUCCACGGUGUUGAGCAGACUCCUCCCAACAGCCGAAGGAGGGCUUCCGGCGCUGUCGCGCCCAAGACGCUCGCCGGCUACGCCCCCGAUGCCACCGGCAAGUGCAGCACCUGCUCGCAGACCUUCACCAACGCCCAAGACUUUUACGAGCACUUGGACGACUGUGUGCUGCGCAUUGUUCAGCAGGAGGACCCGGCCGAGGCUAUCAACGCAAAGCGCCUGGCUGAGGUUGCCGAUGACAAGGACGUUCAGCAGACUCUGGAGAAGAACAACCUCCCCGCUACCACUGAGACCUCCAUGGCCGAAGACGAGGACGAGGAUGAGGACAUGGAGGAGGACGAGACAGAUGAUGUCUCCAAGCUGACCUACUCUCCCAUGAAGAAGAAGAACAACAACCUCAACCGCGUGUCCAAGUCCCGCGGCAUCACUCACUCCCGAGGUGGCGUUCAGCUGUCUGCCAAGUCGCGAGGCCGCAACAAGCGCCGCGACUACCCUUCUUCUUGGGGCUUCAACAAGGGACAGAUGACGAUGAAAAAGCGCGUGGUGGCCGUCUUUGACGGUCCCCGACGUCUUGCCAAGGAUGACAUGAUGCUGUCGACCGACCACGAGGUCCGCAUCAAGCUGUCCGAUGGCAAGUCGUACGUGACGGAUCUCGACGUCCAGACCCUGAAGCGUGCCGAGGGCUUCCACAAUGCUUCGGAGAGUGAGAAGGGCCCCUGGCUGUCUGACGACCCCACCGAGGAGCAGGUC